CAAGAGGACGACAGCUACGAAUCCAUAACACCAACAAGUCCUCCAGACAGAGCGUUGAUUAUCAAGCUGGUCUGACUCAAAUCUACUACCAGCAAACACUUGGAUAUUUUAGCUAAGACAUUGUUUUAUUUAUUCUUUUAAAAGUUUUGGUCGGCUUUUAUAUUUAUUUGCUCGUUUGCAUUAUUUCUUUGCAACGAGUUCAACUGUAAACAUUCAAAAUGUCGAUGGUUCAUGGAAGUUCGUUUCAAAUUGCUCAGGAUGUUGAUAGUGAAAAUCAAGGUGUUCACAGAGUGAAAAAAGGUGGUUUAACCGCUAAAAAUGGACAUGUAGCAGUUCCCAAGCGUGCAGCUCUUGGAACCAUCACAAACCAAAUCAGAGUUCAACCUUCUAGAGCAGCCAAGAGCAACCAAUGUGAACCUCAAGAUGAAAAUAGUUUUGCCAAACAGAAGACUUUUGGAGGCCUGAAUGAUCAAGGAUUUAAAAUAUAUUUGGAUGAAAAUGUGAAGCCGUCCACCACCUCCGUUCAACCAAAAUCCACCUCAAACAUCGCAGAACAUGUCACUUCACUUCCCCUCCAAGCUUUGGAAGAAAUCCAAGUUGAUCAUGAAACAGGUUCUCCAAUGGUAUUGGAUGUUACAAUUGAAGAAUUGAUAGAAAAGAAACCACUGGACAGGGAAGCUAUAAUUUUAACAGUACCAGAAUAUGCUGAGGAUAUUUAUAAUCAUUUACGUGAAGCUGAGCUACGCCAUCGCUCUAAGCCUGGUUAUAUGAAGAAACAGCCUGAUAUUACGAGUUCUAUGAGGAGUAUUUUAGUCGACUGGAUGGUUGAAGUAUCUGAAGAAUAUAAACUUCAUCGUGAAACCCUGUUUUUAUCUAUAAAUUAUAUUGAUAGAUUUUUAUCUCAGAUGUCCGUUCUUAGAGGGAAAUUACAAUUAGUUGGUGCUGCAAGCAUGUUCAUUGCAUCUAAAUACGAAGAAAUUUACCCACCAGAGGUUUCUGAGUUUGUUUAUAUCACCGAUGAUACCUACGAACAGAAACAAGUUUUAAGAAUGGAACAUUUGAUUUUGAAAGUUUUGAAUUUCGACGUAGCUCAACCCACUAUUAAUUGGUUCACUGACACUUACGCCAAGAUGGCUGAAUGUGAUGAUACAACUAAAUCUUUGUCCAUGUAUUUGUCUGAGUUGACCCUGGUAGAUGCUGACCCCUAUUUAAAAUAUUUAUCUAGUACUAUAGCUGCUGCAUCACUAUGUUUAGCUAAUAUUACUAUGGGCAAUGAACCUUGGCCAUCAAGUUUAGCUAAAGAGACGAAAUAUGAAGUUAGUGAUUUUUCCGACUGUUUACAAGAAUUGUAUCAGACAUUCAUCAACGCUCCCAAUCAUCCACAACAAGCCAUCCGAGAAAAAUACAGGUCUUCAAAAUAUCAACAGGUUUCAUCUCUCAGUCCACCAUCUAGUUUAUCUUUCAUGUAGAAUCCACAUUUCAUCCUCCAACUACUUCACGUUAAAAAUACCACAGUUCUUUCAAUAGCCGACCAACAAAAUACGUCCAGAAUCAUAGAACUAAUCCAUUUUUAAUCUUGCAUGAGUUACAUUACGUUUUUUAGUUCAUAUCAUUUUUUAAUUCACCUUGUUUUUAUCGAGUAUUUGUUUUAGUAAUAGUGCAAUAUAUAUUGGUCAGAAUUGAUCAGGAUCAUGUUAAUUUCUGAGAGUUGUGAGUGACAGUAUUUUGAAAGGUGUGUGAAUGAAAACCAAGAUACUAAUCAGUGACGCAAAUAAUUCACAAGAAUCACUGUAAAUAUCAUUGCACUAUUAAUUUUAAAGAUUAAGUUUUUAUUUAAUUCUUUUAAAUAAAUUUGAGGAUAAAUUAUCGCGGAGAGUAGAUUUUAAAAAAUGUAACGCAUAAUUUAUUUUCUAUUGUGUACAGUGGUCCCAUGUUUACACUCUAAACCUGUUAGAUGCUUUUAGUUGUCUGUCGUCUCUCUUUCUCAUCUGUUGUUUCCUCUCCUCUUAGUCUGUACCUAUACUGUCCUCUUGACCUCUAAUGUGUAAAUGUGGGAUCACUAGUUAACUAAGUACUGUGUAGAUUUUUAUCUUUUGUAAAUGGCAUUCCUUUUAAUAAAGUGUAUAAAGGAUUAAACUA